GACACACCAACGAUCACGGUGCUAGUCGACGGAAUCGUAGCAUUGCUGCAAACUGCUAAGCGAAAAUGCAUCAAAGGCCCAGCGUCCACUAUCGUUCAAUUGGCUAGACUGUAGCCUUUUGCUGCCUGCUGCUGGCUUUCUAGUGGCCGUUUGCCUGUCCACGGUACGGGAGAGGACUCAAUGCCUUUGAAUUCUAUUUGCUACAUGUGGCUGGGGAUCAGAGCCCGGCGGAUCCUAGAGCCGCCGCCCCCUUCCCCCGGCCUCUAGCAUCGCACGACAGAGCUUAAGUUCAUUCAAUCGUUAACCCAUAUAGUCCAAGCUACUGGACGUUGCAUAGGCGUGCGAUUGCUGAAAUAAUAUAAGAAUUAAUGAGUGCAACCAAAAACUUGUUGCUUGAGGAUUUGCUUAACCUUAACAACAUAAAUUAACCUGGCAAAAGGACGAUUCCGAGCUACAGCAUCAAUAAAUUGUUUCCCGUUUAAACAAUUGUAAGCGUAUGAGUCUCGAUGUAAACGAAAAAUCGCAACAGAUCUGUCAUAUUCAGCCAAAUCCGGCUGCGCGAUGGCGAAACGGCCUUCCGUAGCGGAGGGCCCGCCGGCCAAGAAGGUCCACUUCGAACCGGUGCAACUUGGUGCGGUGUCAACUCUUGAGGAAAUGGACAUGCGCACCCUGCACUUUCAGAAUCGGAAACUGGCACAAAGACUGGAACAGCGACAUCGACAUGAACAAGAACUUCGAGGUCGAAUCGAACAUCUGGAGAAGCGACAACAGAGCGAUGAAGGUGUGUUAACGACAGUAAAUCGCUACUGGAAUCAGUUAAAUGAAGAUCUUCGCAUUUUGCUCCAACGUUUCGAUGCAGAGACGGCAGACGAGAUUGAAAAAGAAAAUGAAGAUGCAGCAACAACUUCAUUCAUGGCAACCCUCGCACAAUGGGACAAGGAGGAGCUCGAAGAACGUCUUGGUCAGCGAGUGCUCGUGUCUACAAGGGCAGUGUCGAAACUACUGCAGGCCUUUGACCGGCUGAUGCAACGCAAUCAUAAGAUAAUGGAGGCGUUGAAUGGAAAGCAGGCAACAGCAUCGUUGUUGGAGAAAUCAGUUCGUGCUCUCAACCAGGAGUUAAUAGAUGAAAACGCCCGUCUCCAAGCUGUGAUAACGCGUCUUAGCGAAAAGGACCACUGCGCAGAGCUUCGACAUAGCGCGUUACAGGACCGAGCGGAUUCGCUCGAGACGAAAAACGAUGAACUUAAUAAUAAGGUUGAAGAACUUGAGUAUGAAUUGCACAAGAGCUGGGCACGUUCCGAAAAGCUCGAUACAUCGCUUUCGGAUUGUCUGCAACGGCUUAAGGCGCAAUCAAUGCCGGCGGGAAUGGGUGACAAGGGUGCAGGUGAUUUGGCUUCAAAGGGCUGCCUCUCUGUGGAAGUCUACAAAGGGAGCAGCAAAGAUAGCUGUCAGGGACCUUCAGAAACCCUUACCAGUGUGCGCGUAGAAGAACUACAGUCUCUACUUGAAGAACAAAGAGAAUUAGCUCAGGGCCGAAUUCAAGAGUUAGAACAACUGAAUGAAGAGCAUAAGGUAGCACUGCGUACGAUCGAGCAGCUUAAAAUGGAUCUCCAAUAUCUUCCUGAACACGUCGUCAGAGAAACCACUGAGUACAAAUGCUUGCAGUCUCAGUUCAGUGUACUCUACAAUGAAAGCAUGCAACUUCAGACCCAGCUUGAGGAAUAUCGCCAGCAGUUACAGGGCGCUCGGCUCUCACACCAGCGGACGAUUGAACGAAUGGAAAGCGAAGAGCUCGCAAUGCAGAAAAAACUUCGCACAGAAGUCAUUCGCCUAGAAGAUGCACUAGCACAGGUUCGUAAAGAGUAUGAAAAGCUACGGAUUGAGUUUGAGCAGAAUGUCACAGCUAGUGAACAAGCUGCACCGCUCACUCGAGAGAUGCGGAAUCUCUUACAGACGCUUCAGGCGCACAAUAGACAGGUUAAAGGAGAGACCGCGCGGUAUAAACGGAAGCUAAAGGAGUCCACACUUGAGGUUGCGCGCCUCCGCGCUGAGCUCAACUCACAAGGUCACCACCUUGUUACAUCAUCCUGUGAGAACCUCUCUUUAGGAGGUGAGCCCUCAGAAGCGACAUCAUCAGGGGCGGAACAGAGUUCAUCCGGAAGCACUCGAGAUAACAGUGCGCCAUCUGUUGAGCGCCAGAGACAGCAUGGCGAUGAUACCGUUGAGAUUAUGCUCGAUCUCGAGGUAUGUUCGCCAGCGUCGCCGCACAAUGCACAGGAGCUGGAGCGAGACAAAGGUAAAUCAGAUGCUGAAAUUGUUCGGGAGCUGCGUAGCCAACUGAAAAAAGCUGAAGAGGACAAGAAGGAAUUAAAGCUUCUUCUUGAUACCUACAAACAGGUACCGAAGGAAACUCGCGACAAGGUGACACUAUUGGCAGCAGAAAAGCGAGCACUAAGCGAAGUUGAUCAGAUGAAAGAGCAACUUCGCAAGUUAAUCGAGGCCGAACGAAAGGAACGGCGAAAGUUGGCGGACGAGGAGGCUUUGGGAAAAAUUCAAGCGUUAGAAGAACAGGUCGCACAACUCAAACAGGGCAUCGCUUCACAAAAACAGGAAGAGGAUGCUCUCCUUCAAGAGAUGGAGCUAACGGGUCAAGCAUUCGAAGAUAUGCAGGAGCAGAAUCAGCGACUUAUACAGCAACUAAAAGAAAAGGAUGAUGCAAAUUUCAAAUUAAUGAGUGAACGUAUUAAGGCAUCACAAAUGCAGAAGCUCCUUAAGGAAGAAAAGCUGAUGCUACAGGAACAAGUCAAUACGCUGCAAUCCCAGGUGGAAGCUCAAAAUCAGGUCGUGCGUAAGCUAGAAGAAAAGGAACGACUUUUACAGGCUCAGCUAUCGACGGCUGAGAAAGAGCUUAACUUGCGGCAAACAUGUAUGGAGCUUCACAAGCGGAAAGCGCUUGAGUCUGCACAGUCGGCCGCAGACCUCAAGCUCCAUCUCGAGAAGUACCUCGGACAACUCAAGGACGCACAGACUGCGGUUACGGAUAAAGCUGGAGCGUAUCGUGACGAGGCAUUUAAGAGCCGUCGACUCCAAGAAGAGAUUAUGUCCCUUAAACGAAAGUUGGAAAGAGCAAAAAAGUUCGAGCUGGCUACCAACUCAGACGAGGUUCUGCUGGAAGAGAUUCGGGAGUACAAGGAAACUUUAACUUGUCCAUCCUGCAAGGUAAAAAAGAAGGACGCGGUUCUGACGAAAUGCUAUCAUGUAUUCUGCUACGAUUGCCUAAAAACCCGCUACGAGACUCGGCAACGAAAGUGCCCCAAGUGCAACGCAACGUUCGGAGCCAAUGACUACCAUCGACUCUACUUGUCAUAAAUGAUUUGUA